CCUCCCACUGCACCCGGCGGGCGGGGACUGGGAGGGGACGACGGCGGCGGCUGUGGCUUCCGGCUUCCUCGCCGUCAAGUGAGGACUGCUGUCGCAAAGGCGCCGUCAAGCGGACUCUACCAGCUGUCGUGAGAGCUAGCCGAGGACACCCUCAGCAAAGGGUGGAGCCUUGAUUUCCAAGAGGGCGCGUCUGUCAUGACGUCUGCAUCAUCCCGCAGCCUCCUUUGCCACCAUCUUUGUUGGGGGCGGACGAACUGCAAUCCAAGGAGGCCUUUCGCUGUUCAUUUUCGCGGCGUCCCUCCAUGUUCAAUAGCUAUGCUGAAAAAGUAGGAGGACGAGUCGGCGCCAGGGAGUGAACUUUUCACCAAGACUUUUUCCUUUCAAUCCUCUGAUGUCCCCUUAGUGACAGGAGUACAUAGGCGUCGCGAUGGUGACGUCACGGCUGCGUUUCCGCCGUGUUAGUUAUGGACAGAGAGGCGGCAACUUCGGAAGAGCGGAGGCCUGCGGCUGGAUCGAUGCUGAGGCUCGGCCGGCGUGGGCUCCUGCUGGGCCUGGCCGCGGCGGCGGCGGCGGUGAUGGCAGCGCGGCUGAUGGGCUGGUGGAGUCCCCGCGCUGGCCUUCGCCUUUUCAUCCCGGAGGAGCUGGCCCGCUACCGCGGCGGCCCUGGGGACCCGGGCCUCUACUUGGCGUUGCUCGGCCGCGUCUACGAUGUGUCCUCUGGCCGGAGGCACUACGAACCUGGGGCCCACUAUAGCGGCUUCGCAGGCCGAGACGCAUCCAGAGCGUUUGUGACUGGGGACUACUCUGCAGCAGGCCUCGUGGAUGAUGUAUCUGACUUGUCAUUUUCUGAGAUGCUGACACUUCAGAACUGGCUUUCAUUCUAUGAGAAGAAUUACGAAUUCGUUGGACGGGUGAUAGGAAGGUUCUACGGAGAGGAUGGGCUGCCUACCCCAGAACUGACCCGGGUAGAAGCCAUGAUCACCAAAGGCUUGGAGGCCCGUCAAGAGGAACUGAAAGAGAAGCAGAAGUUCCCACCAUGCAAUGCCGAGUGGAGCUCAGCCAAGGGCAGCCGGCUCUGGUGUUCCCCAAACAGUGGAGGUGUGAGCAGAGACUGGAUUGGCGUCCCCAGGAAGCUGUACAGGCCAGGUGCCAAGGAGCCCCACUGCGUGUGUGUGAGAACAACUGGCCCCCCUAGUGACCAGACAAUGGACAACCCUAUACAUAGAAAUCGUGGGGACUUGGACCACCCCAACUUGGGGGAAUACACAGGCUGCCCACCCCUAGCCAUCACAUGCUCCUUCCCACUCUAAGCUGAUGCCCUGUAUGUUGAUAACACACAGAGAACCCUGCCUAGAACCCUCAGAGGCCCUUGACUCACGUGCCCUAGGAUGUUCCUGACAUGCAACAAGAGGGCCUGGAAACACUCUGAUCAUGCUCUGCAAAUGUGACUCAUGCCCCCACCAUGGGCUCACCAUUCUGUGACUGAGGCUAGAGCCUGGCAACCUGCCUAGUACAGGUCAGCCUGUUUUUGCCACUGUCUGCCUAGAUCCACUUGCCGUUCUUCAGAGCCCUCAGAUAUUAAUGGGCACGAAUAUGACCAACUCGAAACUAACUGGGCAGACAAGCUAAAGGGCUCUGAACUCCCACAGCUUCAUUCCCAGACUCCCAGGCUGCCUGGAUCACCUGCCUAUAACUCCUGACCUGCUCACGGCAUCAGGGGCACUGGCAAAAAGGGACUUUGUCCCUUUACAACUCAGAAACAAGAGCUGCAUAAAUUCACAGCAUCAACAGACCUCUGUUCCGUGUUCCUCACUGGCUAAACUUGUGACCCCUAACUUUUAUAAGCUUUCUUAUAUGUAAGACCUCAACCCUAAGGCAAACUUGAAUUUACAACCAAAAGUCACACAGAGUUGAUUGAACCUGCGCCAAGACAGUGAGAAGUGACGAUAAAAUAGGAGAGUCUAAUUCUGGAAAUGGAAAUGCUUUUGCUUAGAUCCAGCAAAUCCAGAUACCUCUGAACAAAGCAACAAUUUGAAGCUAGGAUAUUGUUUCUCUUUUAAACACUUAAAAUUA